UCAGCCGCAGGGGUCGAGCAGUAGGUGGGGGGGGGGAAAACCUUAAAACUGAAAUGUCUCGUGAAAUAAUAGGAUAUGCACUCACCACCCUGAGAUGACAGGAUUGCGAUGUUGCAAGACUGCCCGCUUCAGUGAUGCCAGGUUUGAAGGAAGACCAUUGUUGCGCGAGAGAGAGAGAGAGACUAAACGACGUACCUGGAACUCCCCCACCGCCUCGACAUUUCAUUCAUCCCUGCCAAGUUUGCAACCACUGAAGUUUAGUUGAAUUACCGUGGCAAGCUACAGGACAAUUGCGACCGAUUUGGACAAGAUAUUGUGCAAAAGAUUUGUCGGAGACAUGGCUUCUCUGUGGCUUUAUGCAAAGUGGAGAUGCGGGACAAUAUCGUUUAUCUUUUUCCAGCUUUUUUUCAUUUUGCUAGUUAAUGAGAGCCUCCAGCUGAGUUUUAGAGAAUCUGCACAUAAUGACAAUGGGAAGACAAGAGGAGCAUCCACUUUACUGCACUCCCUAAAAUUGCCUCAGAAUACAGAGUAUGAGAUUGUGGCUCCAUAUGAGGUGGACCACCAGGGCCAGUACGUUUCCCACCAGGUGGCCCACCAUCAGCGCCGGAGACGAUCACUGACCGGGGGUGACAGCCUCUGGGAGGUGGUCCACUUCAAGCUCCGGGGCCUGGGUCAGGACUUCCACCUAGAGCUGCAGGAGGCCUCCCGGAGCCUCCUCGCACCUGGCUUCACCGUCCAGGUCCUGGGGAGGAAUGGCACCAAAAGCCUGCGGGCGUAUCAGCCGGACGACCUUUGCUUUUACCAGGGGUCACUGAGGUUGGAGGUGAACUCGUCCGUGGCCCUCUCCACAUGCACGGGAAUGUCAGGUUUGAUCCGAACGCAGGAUGCGGAGUACUUCCUGAGACCCCUGUCCUCCAGCCUGGCCCUGCGGGAGAACUUCAGCGCCCCCCCCAGCCACCUACCUCACAUCCUCUACAAGAGAUCAGCAGACCUGCACUCGCCCCCGCGGGACGCCGAGAGACCGCUAGUUGCCCUGCCAGGCGCCCCGCCGGGGGGGUACGCCGGCGCGGACCAAGGGGCUCACCAACGUGACCGUCACCAUGACCACGGUCACCACGGCGACGGUCACUACGGCGACUACAACCAUGGGACGAGGCAGCGGCAGCACUUCUGCGGGAGGCGGAAGAAAUACAUGCCCAAGCCUCCAAAGGAAGACGUCUACAUAUUACCUGAUGAGUUCAAAGACAUACCCAGGAACAAACGAGCUCUCUUUUCCAAAACCCACACCAACCACAAACUCAACGUUGAGACCUUGGUCGUGGUCGACAAGAAGAUGAUGGACAGCCACGGUCAUGAGAACAUAACCACUUAUGUCCUAACCGUGCUCAACAUGGUCUCCACUCUCUUCAAGGACGGGACCAUAGGGGGGAAUAUCAACAUUGUCCUAGUGGGUCUUAUUCUGUUGGACGAGAACCAGGAUGGGCUGGCGAUAAACCACCACGCUGACCAUACCCUGAACAGCUUCUGCCAGUGGCAGGCCAGCCUGGGAAGCAGACAGGGCCGUCGUCAUGACCACGCCAUCCUCCUCACAGGGUUGGAUAUAUGCUCCUGGAAGAACGAACCGUGUGACACGCUGGGCUUCGCUCCCAUCAGUGGGAUGUGCAGCAAGUACCGCAGUUGCACCAUUAACGAGGACACGGGCCUGGGAGUAGCCUUCACUAUCGCACACGAGUCUGGACACAAUUUCGGCAUGGUCCAUGACGGGGAAGGCAACAUGUGCAAGAAGUCCGAAGGCAACAUCAUGUCCCCCACGCUGGCUGGCCACAACGGCAUCUUCUCCUGGUCAGCCUGUAGUCGCCAGUAUCUCACCAGGUUUCUCAGCUCAGCCCAGGCCACCUGUUUGUCGGAUGAGCCCAGCUCGGUGCAGGAGUACAGCUACCCUGAGAAGCUGCCUGGGGAACUGUACGACGCUGACACACAGUGCAAGUGGCAGUUUGGAGAGAAGGCCAAACUCUGCACAUUGGACUUUAAGAAGGACAUCUGCAAGGCUCUGUGGUGCCACCGUGUUGGUAGGAAGUGCGAGACUAAGUUCAUGCCAGCAGCUGAAGGCUCUGCCUGUGGUCCAGACAUGUGGUGUCGUCGUGGCCAGUGUGUGAAACAGGGUGACGAGGGGCCCCGGCCGAUCCACGGCCACUGGUCGGGCUGGUCGGGCUGGUCAGCAUGCACGCGGAGCUGUCAGAGUGGGACUACGUAUCGAGAGAGACAGUGCACCAACCCGAGACCCAUGUUCGGGGGGCUGUACUGCGAGGGCUCCUCGCGCUCCUACAAGCUGUGUAACACUGACGACUGCCCCCCCAACACGGUGGACUACAGAUCCCAGCAGUGUGCAGAGUUCAACAGCCGGCAGUUCAGGGGCUGGUACUACAACUGGAAACCCUACACCGCGGUGGACGAUCAGGACGUCUGCAAACUGUAUUGCUAUGCCGACGGCUACGACUUCUUCUUCGCUCUGGCCAGCAAGGUGCGGGACGGGACCCCAUGUUCCCCAGAGAGCUCUGACGUCUGCAUCGACGGCCUGUGUGAGAAAGUGGGCUGUGACCGGGUGUUGGGCUCGUCUGCGGGACCUGACGUGUGCGGAGUCUGUAAGGGGAACAACUCCACGUGCAGGACCUACAAGGGCCAGUACACCAAGCAGCACUUCACCAACCAGUACUACGGCGUGGUGAACAUCCCAGCGGGGGCGAGGAGCAUCCGGGUUGUGGAGCUCAACACCUCCGGCUCCUACCUGGCUUUGAGGAACACCCAGAGGAGGUACUACCUGAACGGGCACUGGACCGUGGACUGGCCUGGUCGACACCAGAUCGCCGGAUCUCUGUUUGAGUACAAGAGACCUUAUAACCGACCAGAGAGCCUGUCCGCCGCUGGCCCCACCAACGAGACCCUGGUGGUGGAGAUCCUCCUGCAGGGCAGGAACCCAGGUGUACGCUGGGAGUACACACUCAGCGGGGCAGAGCUGGACAGGAGAGGAGCGCUGAAGCACAACUACACCUGGGCCGUCAUACGAGCCCACUGCUCGGCCUCCUGCGCUGGAGGCCAGAUGACCACCAAGUCGGCGUGCUACAAGGACCUGAGAGUCCAGGUGAACACGUCCUACUGCAACCCCAGAACCAGACCCAGCACAGGAAUGACGCCCUGCAACCCCCAGCCCUGUCCUGCCAGAUGGAGCGUAGGGGAAUGGAGCGUUUGCAGUCGCAGCUGUGGGGGGGGCGAGCAGACGCGACAGGUGCGGUGUGUGCAGAGGAGCAGCCAGACACAGGAGGACGCGCUAGCCGACACCCAGUGUGGACAGUCUCCACCGCUCAGGAGACAGAGCUGCAGUGCCCACAGCUGUCCACCAGAGUGGAGCGCUGGACCGUGGUCAGAGUGUUCCAGGAAGUGUGGGAAGGGCCUGAGGAGGAGGACGGUGGCGUGCAUGAGCACCGGCCUGGUCGCUAGGACGCACAGCCUGCCCGACAGUUCCUGCGUGGGCGUGGAGAGACCCAGCAGCCAGGAGACCUGCCUCGUCAAACGCUGCCCCAAACAGCGCAAGGUCCAGUGGUUCGUCUCCACCUGGCAGGAGUGCUCGGUCACCUGUGGUCGUGGCUCUCAGGCCCGCUUCAUCAAGUGUGCGGAGAAGGACGCCGCGGGGAAAUACCGCGAGCUGCCGCCCAGGAAGUGCCAGCACGUGGCCAAGCCCUCGGCGGAGCUCCACAGAGCCUGCACCCCAGCAGAAUGCCCCCCUCCGCUCCUCCACACCUGGCCCGUGUCCAAGCCCCUGCCUUGGGCCGAGUGGUACUCCUCCCCCUGGUCUCAGUGCACUGUGACAUGUGGUGGAGGGGUGCAGGCCAGGACCGUGCAGUGCCUGGCCCAGGGCAGGCCUUCCUCAGGGUGUACCCCACACCUGAGACCCCCCAUGUCCCAGGCCUGCAACACCAACUUCUGCCCCCUGUCUGAGAAGAAAGAUACAGCUUGCAAGGAUCACUUUAACUGGUGCUACCUGGUGCCUCAGCAUGGAGUAUGCAACCACAAGUUCUAUGGGAAACAAUGCUGCAAGUCUUGCUCUCACUCAAACCUAUAGGUUCAAGGGACCAGAGGGCUGUAUCCGGCAGAGGUACAGGACAUAAAGGACUGUGCUCAUAGUGUACCGGUGGGUACCAACUGACAACUUUGCAUAGAGCAUGUGCAUGCACUGACAACAGAGAUCAUAUCAAGGAACUGGAAGACACAGGAAGUAACAGUCACACGAUACAGCACGAAGGAAGUGUUAUUCUCAUGAUGCAGGACAUCUAUCGAAGGGACCAACCUUCCAUUCUGCCUUUCAACAGUCUGGACAGUGGAUGGUUAUUGGUUGCUCUUUCUUGGAGGGGUCUGAUUGGUUCUCAACCACUCCACCAACAGAACUGAGAGUGGGUGGAGUCGGGGGACUGCUCUUGCAGAGGCCUGACAUCUCACAUUGGGAGCAGUUGUGUUGGUAACCAGACCACUGUGGGAUAGGCCAUAAUGAGGCAGGACAUCAUUUCUAUAAUUAGAGGAACCAUUGGACAGUGACCAAUAAAUAGUGUCUCUCCUCGAAAUUCUGUCACCAUUCAACUACAACUGGAUCAACCUAGCCCAGAGGAAAUGCAUGAACUGAGGUUUAACUAUGGUGCUACAUUAUGUCUCAAGGACGGACAAAGAGACUGAAAUGAGCAGCCUAUCAUUAAGGCUCUUUUUAUAAACAAUUAAAAUGUUAUAUCCCUGUCUGACCCCCAUGAUCACAGUAUUGGCUGUUUUUAUUUAUUAUCUGUAAGGGUGCUGUGUGAACAAUAAUUAUUUGUGUUUACCUGAUCUUCAUUCAUUUCAAUUUAGGAUGUCUGCACCUUUAGGUCUUUUUGUAUUGAAACUAUGUAUUAUUUUUGAUUAUACAGAUAAUUCAUCAGUCAUCAUCAAUGUGGCUGACUACAGAAACUUCCAAUAAAAUACAUAAAUGGCUUGCUAAGUCUCCUUAACUAUGACCUACUAAUAUACUGAUAACACAAUAAGGUAACCUGUAACAGGUUGCACACUGUAAGACAGUCUGUUGUUAAAAAU